AUGCAGUCUGAAUCCCGCCUGGGUGAAGAAGAGGAGACCCCGACCCUCCUCUGGGGUUUGGAUCCCGUGUUUCUAGCCUUUGCAAAACUCUACAUUAGAGAUAUCCUGAACUUGAGGGAGUCCCGGCAGGUGCCAGGUAUAUUUUUUUACAAUGGGCAUCCAGUAAAGCAGGUAGAUAUUUUGGGAACUGUAAUUGGAGUGAAAGAAAGAGAUGCUUUCCACAGUUACGGAGUGGAUGACAGCACUGGAGUUAUCAACUGCAUCUGCUGGAAAAAGUUGAGCCAUACCGAGACUUCAUCAGCUGCUCCUUGCACAGCAAAAGAUCUGAGCUUAACCUCACAGCUCAAGAAGUUGCAAGAAGCCAUUGAUCAGAGAACAAAGAUAGAAAUUGGGGACAUUAUCCGAAUCAGAGGCUUUGUCCGCACAUACAGAGAAGAGCGAGAAAUCCAUGCUACAGCGUAUUAUAAAGUGCAUGAUCCAGUGUGGAGCAUUCAGAUUUCACGGAUGCUUGAGCUGCCGGAGAUCUACAGAAAAGUCUAUGACCAGCCUCUUCACAGCCCAGCACUUGAGAAAGAAGAGGCCCUCAGCUCCAAUCCAGGCACCCUGGACCUCACCAGCCUCACGCAUUUGCUGAGUGAAAAAGCCAAAGAAUUCCUCAUGGAAAGCAGAGUGCAAACCUUUUACCAGCAGGAGUUGGAAAUGGUGGAGUCUUUGAUGACCCUCGCCAAUCAGCCUGUGACUCACAGCGCCUGCUCUGACCUCGCGGAUGUCAAGAAUGAUACCACUUCCAAGGCAAUUCAUAGUAUAUUUAAGAACGCGAUACAGCUGCUUCAGGAAAAGGGACUCGUUUUCCAGAAAGAAGGUGGUUUUGAUGAUCUCUACUAUGUAACUAGAGAAGACAAAGAACUACACAGAAAGAUCCACCGUAUCAUUCAAGAAGACUGCCAGAAACCAAAUCACAUGGUGAGGGGCUGCCACUUCCUGCACAUCUUGGCCUGUGCUCGCCUGAGCCUCAGCCCGAGCCUGAGUGAAGCUGUUCUGCGGCAGGUGCUGGAGCUCCUGGAGGACCAGAGUGACAUCAUCAGCACCAUGGAGCACUACUACAUGGCAUUGUGA